AUGGCCCGUGAGCCUGUAAACCGGUUCCCACAUAUCGCUGGAAAGGGACCAUUGGCCGUGGAAUCCUCCAAAGCCGUUGCCGCUGCCGCUGCCGCCCUCACCCAGUUCGACGAUACCGUCCGGUCUAUCGUUGUGGAGGCAAGCGGGGGGGACGCGGCUGGAACCGGCUUACGCCGAGGAGGGGGGGAGCCGCUACGGACGGAUGGCGAAGAAGAAACAGGUCGAGUUGGCAGCGAUGGGGAGGGGGAUUCCCUCAACGAGGACAACGGAAGACGUGGUGUUGGGAGCGGAGGACUGGAGUCUGCUGUGCAGCCGUCGGAGAACGAGGGGGGUGAGGGCGAGGCCAAGGAGAGUGGCAGAGGCGGGGAUGGAGAAGGGGCGGCUAAACGGUUGUUGGCGAUGGAGGCAGAGGAUGCAGCGGCGAGAGUAUCGGCUUGCCAGACGGCCAUAGGGGAGUGGUGGGAGAGGCAGGCAAGGGCCGUGGCGGAGGGGAUGCGACAGCGCGAGGAAGAGGCUGCAGACCGCAGGACGAGAAGAGAAGUUGAGCAUCUUCUGUCGGAAUCCGUCAUUGCGGACAUCGAAGCCCGGGAAGAGGCCGAAGCCCACGGCAGAAAGACGCUGGCCUUGGUGCUAUCUGAGGCGAAGCGAAUCGCCAAUCAGUUCGUAGACGCACUCAAGUCGGCCGACGCGCGCAUCAAUGACGCGGCCGCGAACUCCAAGAUGGCCGUAGGGGAAGAGAGCGAGGUUCUGUCUCUUGAGGCUCAGUCGCUGGCUGCCAGGGUGUCGGCCACGCUCCAAAGGGGUCUGAACGCGGCCACUGAGGAUCUCGCCGCUGCGCAGCAGGACAACAAAUAUCGCAAAAGCAGAACGCUUCUUACUCGAUCUCCAUCCCGUGGCGGAGAGAAGCCUUCGGAUACCCGGAUGACGCACAAAGUCCAGUUCUCCGAGGGGGAACAAGGGGACGGGGAGAGCGUGUUCGGCAUCAGCUCUGAUGAAUCUGCGGCGGACCUUGCGCCCUCACGCAAUCACCACCAGCAUCUGCAGCUUGGAAGAGAUGAUCCCUCAGGAUCAGCUUCGGGCUCCGCUUCGACCUCGAAAAAGAAGAGUCGGCAACCGUUUCAGGUCGGGUUUGGAGCCGGCGGGUGA